AGAGCAAGUAAAGUACUGUAAUGCUUACUAUAGCGCUUGAUGCAACUAGCUGUCCGUAAAGUUCCAAAUCUCCGGAGUUCCCUUGCCAUCCUUUGUGUAGUGAGACUAUAGUUAUACGUUCACUUUGCAUGAUUCAUCCCUUCUAGCUACGGACACGACGAAAUCCUUACAGCCUUGAGCCAGUCAGUGACUUCUUUGCUCGUCUAUCCCUUGCCUGAUACCGGUAAUACAAUAAUAAGUUGACGGUCAUCAAAUCAUGCUGGGCUUCCCUAAUCUGUUGAUGACAGCCAUGAUCAGCUUCAACUCAUCAUCGCACAUGCCAUGACGCAGCAGGAAACGAUCGGCCUACGUGAACCUGACGCCUUAGCUCCUAGCUUCCGAUGGCGACUUCCAUUGCACGGGGCUUUAUUGCGAAGUAUAUCCUAGUAAUCUACUUACUGGCGUUUACCACCGCCAGCGGCUCUGAUAUUGGUAACAUCGGAGCCACCAGGACAACCAAGGCGACCCAGGAUGGCAACGACAACAACGACAUUCGUAUCACCACGCCGCCAGCUGACCUGAGAUCCUGCCCGAACCUCCGCAUUGCCGUUGUCAACGGCGUCCCCUACCACCACGACGUUCUCGCCGGUCUGCUGCACGUCCUGCGUCCCUACGCAGCCCAUACGGACGUCUACAUUAACCGCUACACACGUGCUUCUACAUCUGAUGGCGCCUGGGACCUCCUGAAAUGGUCCAAGUCAAAUUUCCUCCUCCUAACACGAGGCCUGCUGGCCUCCUUAUCACGUAAGCCCACCUUUUACGACUUGGUCAUCCUAGUCAGCCCGGAGUACGAGCUGGAUGCCAACGCGGAACUCCUUCGCCACGUACGAAGACGGUUGACAAUUGCGUUCGUACAUAACAGCGACUGGGACGAGCAGCGGCUUAUUAAUGUCGUCAAGAACGGCAGCACCGACGGCGUUAGGCUUGUGACGCUGUCGCCCCACACGGCUGGCUCCUUGGCAGCAACCCUGGCCGAGAGCCGGCAGCAGCAGCAACCGUCGUACCCGGUAGAUUGGCAGCUGGCAGUGCUGCCGUUCAAGCCGCGGAGCAACUGCCUGGAAGCCAGCGAGGUGGAUUUGCUGGGCCGCUGUCUCCGGGGUUUCUCCAUGCAGGGCAAGUUUUCCAACCUGCGUCGCAACUACAGCGCCAUCUGGGAUCAGCUGCUGGCCCACCGCCGCGAGCUGACCUCGGGCAACGCAGUACACUUGUUCCACCUGAAUCUGCUGGGCAAGGGCCAGGACGGCCGGCUCAACAUGCCAUCGGAGCUAGAGAAGCACGUCAGUCUGCUACGUCGGCUACGUUACACGAGCUUUUACGAAGCUAUUCACCAUACCUUUGCGCUGAUCCCGGCGCUUGCGAGUGAAAAGUACUACACGGUCAAGUUUUCGUCAACGAUUUUGACGUCGUUGGUUUCUGGGACGCCGCUGAUUGCGGAUAAGCGGUUUCUGAGCUCGUACGGCAUGUUUAGUGAGGAUGCUGUAUACUUGCAGCAUGAAGGGGAACAAGAGGUGGAUGUUAUGCUUCGGGUGAUGCUGAAGACGUCCGUACCGGAGUUGUUGGGUGUACGGAAGGCGUUGUUGGGUGUACGGCAACGGCUUAACGAGCGCGCGGCUGCGUUUUACGCGGAAAUCCUCUCAGGGCUGUGCAAGCAGAGUAGCAGCAGCGGUGGUGUAGCGUGACACUCUGACAUGAUGGCAGCAAUGGCUGCAACAGUGAUGGCAGAAGGAGGCUAGCUGGUUACGACUUCGUUGGUAACCGUGCGAGGGCGUGGAAAAGAGGUCACGGACGCACUUGUCCUUGGGUAGCCGGUAUCCACCUACCUGCUUGGUGGAGCCGGACGAUGUUUCGGAACAACUUGAACGUUUUGAGGGUGCACCCUCGUCGCGA